AUGGUUAAUCAACGUGGCACAGAUCAACCAUCUCAAAAUUCGUCGGUGUCAAAGAAAAGUGGUUCGUCAUCAGUACAAACAAAAGCCGGACCUUUCGAGUGGACACAAUAUCUUAAAGAAAUCGGUGCAGAACCGGUUCAGUCUUCUCUUUUUUUUCAUGUCCCGUUUGAAGUGCAGAUCCCAUCGCCAUCAAUUCUUCCUGGACAAAAUGUAACCGCUGAAGGAAAUUUCAAGCCUGGUCAGUAUUUGGAGGGCAUCGAUCCUCAUAAUGAAAGCUUAAUUUGUGUCCUCUGUGUUUCGGAGUUGAUAGGCCGGCGUGUCAAGCUUCAUUUUGCUGGUUAUCCAGAGAAGUAUGACUUCUGGACAACUAUAGACUCUCCUUUUUUGUUUCCUGUUGGAUGGUGUGCACACAACAAUCGUCAACUUCAACCACCCAAGGAAUAUCUCGAAGAGUCUUAUCAUCCAUUUAAUUGGACAAGUUUUUUGGCCAAAUUAGGAGCCAAGCCAGUUCCUCGUCACUUAUUUAAAGUACCAUGGGAUUCUCCUGUUGAUGCAUCUCCACCGCAUAUGUUUGCUGUUGGACUUAAGCUUGAGGCUAUAGAUAAGAGGAACCCUGCACUGGCUUGCGUCGCAACUAUCAAAGACUGCAUCGGUGACUAUAUAUUAAUUCAUUUUGAUGGUUGGGACUCAGGUUUUGAUCAGUGGGCUCACAUAUCAUCAGAGCUUUUACGUCCUGUUGGCUAUUGCGAGGAUCAUGAACAAGUUUUAUCAAUUCCCAGUGAUUGGAGCAACCGUCGGAAUGGGUUUAGUUGGAAACAUUACCUGAAAGAGACAAAUUCAAAGCCUGUACCUAAAGAAGCAUUUGAUGAGAUUACCAAAUUCGCUAAAUCAUCACAACAGUUUCAAAUAAACCAACGCUUAGAAGCUGUGGACAAACGUUGCCCCUCAUUGGUCCGUGUUGCCAAUGUUGUAGAUAACACUCCUCCUGGAUUUCUAACCCUGGGGUAUGAUGGUUGGCCUGAUAAAUACAAUAUACGUGUAGAGGUGUGGUCUCUUGAUUUAUUCCCCGUUGGUUAUUGUCAUGCUUCUGGACAUCCUUUACAAGUCCCACCGGGAUAUGACUCUGAAUUGGAUUUAAAUGGGAAUUUAAUGGAUUCUUAUUCUAAUUCUUCUGCCAGUUCUCUCAGCUGUAGUGGGACUACCAACCCAUUUGGCGGGUGCCCAACUCCUGGUUGUAAAGGCUACGGACAUAUCAAAGGUCCUCGCUAUUUCUCUCAUCAGCGUAUUUCAGGAUGCCCAUAUGCUGAUGGCAAUCUUAAGAAAGAUGCUAUUAGGGCACAUGAACGUCUAAGUUCAACUAAUAUAUUAACGUCCAGUUCUCCUUUUUCUAUUGAUUCAGAAAAUCCUGAUUCCAGUGCGACAACGGCGUCAGUUUCUACUUACAAUCCUCUUAAUCGUAACUCAGGUCAACGUCUUUCUCCGGAUUCUACUGUCAAAAGUGAAUUCUCUUCAAAUAAUACCUCCACUGUUGUUACAUCUUAUUCUCUCAUAGCAUGUCCCUAUUUAGAUACCAAAGUUCCAACCUCUGUAUCAGGUAAUUCAGUUACACUACAAUUUUCUAUUGCGGAUAGCAUUGCCACGACUUCACCCGGUUUUUCAGCUGUGAUAAACAACAUCCAUUCAACCAGUAGUCCAGCUGCUUCCAUUCAGAGUUCACUUCCAAAUGAAUCACCUCAAUCUAAUACGUUGCCUUUAAACUUGACACUUGAAAAGUUACCUGAUUUCUCACCGAAAGAAUCGUCUGUGGGAACUGAAAUUUCAAACUCGUUUUCCCCAACAGUCGCUAUCGGUGCUGUGCCUCAAUGCGAAAACUCAAAUCUUCCUUCUGAAAUUACAGCCAAUGUAAUUGUCUUAUCGAAUGAAUCUUCUAUUAAUGUUUCUUCUUCAAGCACAAAAUCUAACGGGAAUUCUAGCGACUCAGUUAAGCCACAGAAGUUGAGCAAAUUAGAGCCUAACCUUCUGGACAACGUGUCUCCUCCCAACCUUUCAUCUCACACUGCUGACCAAUCUGAUGAAUAUACAAAGAAUCUUAGCAUAUCCCCUAUGCCUAUUAAACGUAAACGAGGUCGGCCUAGGAAAUAUACUUCAGUGCAUGUUCUCCAUCCUUCCUUACAACAGUCACGUCCCGUUCAUUUCACUUCACUGACAUCUCUACCACGGUCAUAUACUACGUCUGCCGGACGACAUUCAUAUCCAGCUGGUGUAUCAAGUCAACAUCAUACUCUUUCAUCUGUUGCAGUCCCUAUUUCUUCGUUAUCUGUCACAUCCACAUUAUCUAUUUGUAGUAAUAUGAAUGUAACUAUAAAUUCUCAUCCACCAAUAGAUUGUCAAAGUGAUAGCUUCCUCCCACAUAACUUGGAAUCUAAUAACCUCAAAAAUAUCGAUGUACUUAAGCCUGUCACGUGCAGUUCAGAACCCAGUCCCGCUGAAAGUGUUUUAACCAAUGCUUGCAUCAAUACUAACAUGGGUUACAUGGAUGUAGAUCGUUUAAGAUCGUCUUCAGGUUAUGAAAUUCCUGGGCAGCACACUUCUGCCUUAGCUGCAAUGAAUGAUCCGACUUCGGGCUAUCCUAUAAAUGCCAGGCUGACUCAAGAAAUCACACCCGUCGACCUGUGUUCUAAUCGCACUCACCGCCUGACAGUUAUGAAUUCUUCUGGUAUGAUCGUUAACUCUAGUAACACUGUUCCUCCUCAAUCUUUAAUGGAGACACCAAAUGCUGGUUGGUAUCCUGAUACAACUAAUGGGUUAUUCAUGCCUCCCAUAUGCCAUAAUCCCGUUCUAUCUCCGUUCUAUAUUGAUCCAGCAAGACCGUCAUGUCUGCUACCACCUUUUGAUUUAUCCUCCUCAAAUUAUAUAAAUGCUCCAGUCAGUGGUUUGAACAAUCCCUCGUUGAGAGACGUUGAUUUAAUGGGUCGUUUAUUACCACAGGCAGGGGCAGCUAUUCGUGCAGCCAAAGUUGCUGGUCUCCCUGGACCUCAUUCUUGGAACCCGAGUGUUGUAGCUAAUUUUAUUUCUACAUUGCCAGGGUGCAAACAGUUCGCUUGUAAAUUCAUUGAAAAUGAAAUUGAUGGGGCUGCUUUAUUGUGCCUUGAACAGCAUGAUCUGAUGCAUGUAUUGGGUAUGAAGUUGGGUCCUGCUGUAAAAGUAUCGACUGCCAUCCAAACUUUACGUAAAAGCCUGCUUGCGACACCCAUUUCAGAACUUGGUCCAGAACAUGCAAAUGCUGUCGCUGCAGCUGUAUCAUGCUUCACUAACAGCUUGUCCUCACAGGUUGGUAUCAGUUCAUCCGUAACUAGUGACUCACAAUCUAUAGUGAACGGCUCCAGUGUAGAUACUUCAUCAUCAAAUACCGGAUGA